AUGUCUACGCCAGGCACCUCGCUUGUGCCCGACUCCACAGCGGUACACUGGUUGUUUUUCGGCGUCAGAGCCCUACUGGUGAUUCAAAUUGGCCUUUGGUUUAGUUAUCAACUCGCGCGGUUUCAAGCCCGCCGAACUUUUAGGCGUCAGCUUCGACGCCAGAAACUGCUCCCGCGGGAGGAAUUCCAAAGAAUCGCAGCGGAGCUGCGGCAGGGUUCCUCGAACGGUGGCGGAGCGACGACUCCAUCCGACGAGGCAUGCGUUAUCUGCUUUGCUAAACCUGUGGUUCGACCGGUGGAACUACUGCCAUGCGGUCACUCGGGUUUCUGUGCACAGUGCAUUGUCGAGCUGUGGAAGUACAGCCGCCGCAAUAAAAAUUGCAGUCAAGACGGUGCGGGUUCUUUUUUUCGGCAUGACGCUCCACUGAUUUGCCCGUUGUGCAAGCAAGUGGUGGUGUUCGUUUGUCCAAACUGGAUCGAGCGGGAGCCGUUUGGAAUCGAAAAUGGGGCAUAUGGGAACAGCUCAAAUGUAAUCGAUGACGGCUGCCAUAAGCGCCCAAAAGAGUCUCCGCAGCCAGGGGAGCUGAUCAACUCACUCGACGAAGAUGAUGUGAUGCUAGUGCUACGCUAUAACAUAGAUUUCUUAGCCCACCGUAGCCACCAAUGCGUGGUGAACAGGGUUGAUUGGUGGGAGAAAACGCUCUACAGAUGCAUUUGGUGGCUAAGUCGAAUUAUUCACGCGAAGCUUUUGCCUUUUUUGGUGGGUCUUCGCAUUGUGUUGCUCCACAUGACAGUUUUUUUGUGUUUUAUUUUGCCUAGUGAGCGACUCGUACAUCUUACCAAGUUCACGUAUCCUAGUUCAUCACUGCUUAUGUCCGGUGAUACCUCAAGUAAGCCGUAUUCCCGAAUGAACUUCAAGUUUAUAAACUUGCUUGAGGUUCCACUACUAUGGCUCAUUUAUUACGCGGACGACAUUUUAUUCGUUUUCUCUUGCUGGAUCUCCAUUGGUCAUAUCUCGAACCGGCUCUUAUUUUGGCACACUAACCUCGCCUAA